AGAGUAGCAGUGUGGAGUUGUGUUGCAGUUGUUGCAGUGGGAGUCAGUGUGAUGGAGCAAACGAAGAAGCUAAUAAAAGGCGUUUUGAAGAACAGCAAUAACCCAGAGUUGGCAUGGCAUCUGGUGAAGCGUCUUCUAUCUUCUCCUUCCUCCUCCUCUUUCACUCACACUCACCAACUUGUUACUAUCACAACACGCAUCCUCGCCGGCGCCAACAUGCACCGCCAACUCCACCACCUCCACCACCUCCUCCUCUCCUCUCACCCCAACCACAUGGCCCACUCUUCCAUCACUUCCAUGGUCCGGGUCCUCGCCCAAUUGGGCCACGUCGACCAGGCCCUCUCCCACUUCAAAUCCCUCCGAGCCCAAUUCCCCUCCACACCUCCCUCCCUCCCCUUCUACAACCUCCUCCUCCGCUCCACCCUCCGCCUCAACCGCCCCGACCUCGUCACCUGCCUCUACACCGACAUGCUCGCCGCACGUGUCGCCCCUCAAACCUACACCUUCAACCUCCUCAUCCGCUCCCUCUGCGACUCCCGCGCCUUCGACCACGCCCUCCAACUGUUCGACAAAAUGCCCCAAAAGGGAUGCCUCCCCAACGAGUUCACUCUCGGGAUUCUCGUUCACGGCCUGUGCCGCUUCGGCCUCGCCAAACAGGCCUUCAACCUCCUUCACAAUAACACUUUCUCCCACAUUGCUAACAGGGUCGUGUACAACACUCUUGUUUCUUCGUUUUGUAGAGAGGACAUGAACGACGAGGCUGAGAAGCUUGUUGAGAGGAUGACCCAGCAAGGUCUGUUGCCUGAUGUGGUUACCUUCAACUCCAGAAUCUCGGCGCUUUGUCGAGCCGGGAAGAUUCUAGAGGCUUCGAGGAUUUUCAGAGAUAUGCAGAUGGAUGAGGCAUUGGGCCUUCCUAGGCCCAAUGUUGUGACUUUUAAUUUGAUGCUUAAGGGCUUCUGCAAGCACGGGAUGAUGGAGGAUGCUAAGGGUUUGGUCGAGACCAUGAAGAAAGUUGGCAAGUUUGUCUCUUUGGAAAGUUAUAACAUUUGGUUAUUGGGGUUGCUUAGGAAUGGAGAGUUGUUGGAGGCUCGGUUAGUUCUUGAUGAAAUGGCGGCCAAAGGUGUUGAACCGAAUGCUUACACUUAUAACAUUAUGAUGGAUGGGCUAUGCAGGAACCAUAUGCUGUCGGAUGCAAGAGGGUUGAUGGAUCUCAUGAUGAGCAACGGGGUUUAUCCGGAUACGGUUACCUAUAGUACUCUCUUGCAUGGUUAUUGCAGCAAAGGGAGGGUUUUUGAAGCUAAAAGUGUUCUUCGUGAAAUGAUAAGGAAUGGUUGUCAGCCUAAUACUUAUACUUGCAACACAUUGCUGCAUAGCCUGUGGAAAGAGGGGAGGACGCUGGAGGCAGAGGAAAUGCUGCAGAAGAUGAACGAGAAAUGCUAUCAGCCGGAUACUGUCACCUGCAAUAUUGUGGUCAAUGGUCUCUGUAGAAAUGGAGAAUUGGACAAAGCAGUUGAAAUUGUAAGUGAGAUGUGGACUAAUGGAACAACAUCCCUUGAUAAAGGGAACUCGUUUGCCACUUUAAUUAAGUCAAUUGGUAAUGUAUCAAACUGCUUGCCUGAUGGGAUCACAUAUACAACUUUAAUUAAUGGUCUUUGCAAAGUUGGGAGGAUAGAGGAGGCCAAAAAAAAGUUUAUUGAGAUGACGACGAAAAACUUGCACCCUGAUUCUGUUACCUAUGAUACGUUCAUACGGAGUUUCUGUAAACAAGGGAAGAUAUCAUCAGCCUUCCGUGUCUUAAAGGAUAUGGAGAGAAAUGGUUGCAGCAAGACUCUUCAAACUUAUAAUGCAUUGAUCCUGGGUUUAGGAAAUAAGAAGCAAAUAUUUGAGAUGUAUGGAUUGAUGGAUGAGAUGAGAGAAAAAGGGAUAAGUCCAGAUAUUUGCACAUACAAUAAUAUAAUCAGUUGCCUCUGUGAAGGAGGGAAGGCAAAGGAUGCGAUUUCUCUUUUACACGAAAUGUUGGAUAAGGGCAUAUCUCCCAAUAUAUCUUCCUUCAAAAUAUUGAUUAAAGCCUUCUGCAAGUCUGGCGAUUUUAAAGUAGCUUGUGAACUAUUUGAGGUAGCUUUGAGUAUAUGUGGACACAAAGAAGCCUUGUACAGUUUUAUGUUCAAUGAAUUGCUUACCGGAGGACAACUCUCGGAAGCAAAGGAGCUAUUUGAAGCUUCGUUAGAUAGAUAUCUCGCAUUGAAGAAUUUCAUGUAUAAAGAUUUGUUUGAAAGACUUUGCCAGGAUGAAAGGUUAGCAGAUGCUAAUAGCCUUCUUCAUAAAUUGAUUGAUAAGGGAUAUGGCUUCGAUCAUGCAUCAUUCAUGCCGGUGAUUGACGGCUUAAGUAAAAGAGGAAAGAAGCAACAAGCGGACGAACUAGCAAAGACAAUGAUGGAAUUGGCAUUAGAAGAUAGAACUGACGAUAGGACUUACCAAAGCAGAAAGAGAAUCCUUCAUGGAAAACUACAUAAGGAUGGAGGAAGUGACUGGCAGGACAUAGUUAACAGGGAUGGUGGCAGUGGAAUUGCACUGAAAACUCUUAAGCGUGUGCAGAAAGGCUGGGGUCAAGGAAGUAUAACUAGUUUGCAGUCUCAGCAGAAUGAUUUUCUUGAUUACUAUGAGUAGCAGAUCUGAGAGCGUAAAGGUUUGAGGUUUGAAAUAUUAAAGACCUCUUUGUAAGUAAAGCAGGUCAAAGGGUAAGGAAAUGUUGAAGACCGAAGGUUGGAUUAAAUUCAAGGUUUGUGACUCUCUUUGUUCUCAUAUGCUAAGGGAAGAAAGAUCUUUAUCUCUGAUGCAGAAUGUUAAGAUUCUUAGUGAAUUGAAAAGGGUUGGAUGUAGCUGAUACGCUUUUUUGAAGGUGAAUCAAUCUCUAGGUAAAAUUAAUAGAAAAACUGUAAUACUAUAACAGUAUCUCCUCGAGUAAUUAUAAUGUACAGGGAUUUUUUAUUUAGCAUCGUAUUUAACAUUCAAAAUGUAAUUUAUAUCCAUAGUAUGUGCAUACUAUAAUUCAAUUAUGGAUAUGUUACACGUAUAAGGUUCACCAAUGAACCCAAGUUUAUAAUACAUUCUUUAGGCUUAA